AUGAUGAGGGCGCAGUUAAAACAGGGGCAGCCUCAGCAGCAACCCGAGCACAGCGCGGCCGGUACCGGGAGUUCCACGUUUCCAGAGCUCCAGAACCGUGCCAGCGAGAGCGACAGCCCAUACGUGCGACGACACGCCGAUACUCCGGUAGCAUGGCAGAUGCUUAACGCAGACACGCUCACCCGAGCCACGGCCGAGAACAAGCCGAUAUUCAUGCAUAUCGGCUUCCAGGCAGACCACCUCUGCCACCUCACAACACAGGACUCCUUUUCGAACCCCUCGGUCGCAUCCUUCCUUAACGCCUCGUUCAUUCCCAUCCUCAUCGACCGCGAAGAGCGCCCAGACCUCGACACAAUCUACCAAAACUACAGCGAGGCCGUCAACGCCACCGGCGGCUGGCCCCUCAACCUCUUCCUCACGCCUGACCUCUAUCCCAUCUUUGGUGGCACCUACUGGCCGGGCCCGGGUACCGAUCAUAGCACCGCCGCUGCGGCUGCCGCGGCCGCCAGUGGCAGCGGGACGGGAGGCAUAUCUAGCGCGGGGGAGGGUGAAGAGUCGUACAAUGACUUCUUGGCCAUCGCCAAGAAGAUUCACCACUUCUGGGUUGAGCAGGAGGAGCGGUGCCGACGGGAGGCGUUUGAGAUGUUGCAUAAGCUGCAAGAUUUUGCGCAGGAGGGGACCUUUGCCGCCGGCACGACGAUCGAGGUUGCUGCUGGUGGUCCCGGUGGUGCGCCGAAUGCUGCGUCGGCCGUCAGCCCAGAUUCGGGCGACUUGGAUCUCGACCAGUUGGACGAGGCGCUCGGGAGGAUAUCACAGAUGUUUGACCCGGUCGAAUACGGGUUUGGCACACCCAAGUUUCCGAAUCCCGCACGCCUAUCAUUCUUGCUGAGGCUGGCACAGUUCCCGGGGGAGGUGAGGGAUGUCAUUGGAGAGGAGGAGGCCGAGCGCGCGGUCGGCAUGGCAAUUAAGACGCUGAGGCGGAUCCGUGACGGUGGCCUGAGGGACCACCUCGGAGGCGGGUUCAUGCGAUUUAGUGUGACGAACAACUGGAGCAUGCCCCAUUUUGAGAAAAUGGUUGGUGAGAAUGCCCUGUUGUUAGGCGUUUUCCUUGAUGCCUGGCUAGGAUAUUCGCGAGACGAUGGGAAGGCGCUGUCGCUCGAUGACGAGUUUGCGGAUGUUGUUUUAGAGGUGGCCGACUACCUCACCAGUCCCCUGGUGCACACUACUAAUGGGGGGUUUGUGGCCAGCGAGGCGUCAGACUCGUUUUACCGCAAGGGCGACAAGCACAUGCGAGAAGGUGCAUUUUAUACCUGGACAAGGAGGGAGUUCGACCAGGUGGUUGGCGGCGGGUCUAGCGACGACCAUGCGAGCACCGUCGCUGCGGCAUAUUGGGAUGUGCAGGAGGACGGGAAUGUACCGCAGGAUCAGGACCCCUUUGACGAAUUCAUCAACCAGAAUAUCCUAUCUGUCAAGGCGGAUGCCACCGAACUAUCCAAGCAGCUCGGCGUCCCACCGGCGGAAAUCAAGCACCUUGUCUCGAUCGCGCGCGAGAAGCUACGUGUACACCGCGAGAAGGAACGGGUGCGCCCGAUACGGGAUGAAAAGGUUGUGGUUGGCACCAAUGGUAUAGCUAUCGCGGCGCUGGCGAGGACCGCGGCCGCCAUUCGUGGGUUGGAUGCCGAGAGGGCGGAUAAAUACCUCCAAGCUGCACGGGACGCUGCCACCUUUAUCAAGGAGGAGUUGUGGGCUGAGUCGAAGAGCAAGUCCGACAACCCUUUGCGUCGCUUCUAUUGGGAACGUCCGAGCCAAGUCCUCGCUUUUGCCGAUGAUUAUGCCUUCCUAAUCGAUGGCCUCCUGGAUCUCUACACGGCAACCUUCGAGCAUGAAUGGCUGGACUGGGCGAAACAACUACAAGAUACACAAACCGCCCUCUUUUACGACCCCCCCCUUUCUACACCUGCCGCCACCACUACAACCCCCUCCCCACGAAAUGCCCACUCCGGUGGCUUCUAUUCCACUGAGUCGGCGACCCUCAGUCCCACUAUUCUCCGUCUCAAGAGCGGCAUGGACAAGGCGCAUCCCUCAACCAACGCCGUAUCGGCGUCGAACCUCUUCCGACUGGGCACGCUUUUGAACACGGAAGCGUAUGUGCUGCAGGCUCGCGAAACGGUCAACGCUUUCGAGGCAGAGAUCCUCCAGUACCCCUGGCUGUUUGUCAGCCUGCUGAUGGGUGUUGUCACGGCGCGGCUAGGGGUUAAGAGGGUGGAGGUGCGGAAGGGGGAUGCGGGCGGGUUGCGGAAAUGGUAUACCGCGCCAAGGGCGGAAGCCUUUGUGUUGGAGCUUGCUGAAGAUACUGCCAGGAGCGAGGAGAGCAUGACUACUACCGAGGGGCUGAUAAAGAAGGUGGAAGAGCUGGUGGUCGGAGAGCGCUCAUGA